AUGGGUUCAGCGUGGCGUCGGGAUGGGUUCAGCGUGGCGUUCGGGAUGGGUUCAGCGUGGCGUCACGGGAUGUUCAGCACUGUGUCUAAUCUGUUCAGGCUGGGCACGGCGUCGGAGAUGGGUUCAGCGUGGUUAGUCGGGGAUGAGUUCAGCGCGUCGGGGAUGGGUUCAGCGUGGCAUCGGAUGGGUUCAGCGUGGCAUCGGGGAUGGGUUCAGUGUGGCAUCGGAGAUGGGUUCAGCACUGUGUCUAAUCUGUUCAGGCUGGGCACGGCGUCGGGGAUGGGUUCAGCGUGGUGUCAGGGAUGGGUUCAGCGUGGCAUCAGGGAUGGGUUCAGCGUGGCAUCGGAGAUGGGUUCAGCACUGUGUCUAAUCUGUUCAGGCUGGGCACGGUGUCGGGGAUGGGUUCAGCGUGGCGUCGGGGAUGGGUUCAGCGUGGCGUGUUCAGGGGAUGGGUUCAGCGUGGCGUCGGGGAUGGGUUCAGCGUGGCGUCGGGGAUGGGUUCAGCGUAAUGCGUCGGUGGAUGGGUUCAGCAUGGCGUCGGCGUUGUUCAGCGUGGCAUCGGAGAUGGGUUCAGCGUGGUGUCUUGGAUGGGUUCAGCGUGGCAUCGGAGAUGGGUUCAGCACUGUGUCUAAUCUGUUCAGGCUGGGCACGCGUCCGGGGAUGGGUUCAGCGUGGUGUCAGGGAUGGGUUCAGCGUGGCAUCGGGGAUGGGUUCAGCGUGGCAUCGGAGAUGGGUUCAGCACUGUGUCUAAUCUGUUCAGGCUGGGCACGGCGUCGGGGAUGGGUUCAGCGUGGUGUCAGGGAUGGGUUCAGCGUGGCAUCGGGGAUGGGUUCAGCGAUCCUGUCUUGCCUGAUGGAGCACCUGUAUACAGAGAAGAUGGUGGAGGACUGUGAACGCAGACUACUGGAGCUGCAGUACUUCAUCUCUAGAGACUGGAAACUGGACCCCAUCCUGUAUAAGAAGUGCCAGGGUGACGCUGCCCGGCUGUGCCACACCCACGGCUGGAAUGAGACCAGCGAGCUGAUGCCACCUGGUGCCGUGUUCUCGUGUCUCUAUCGCCAUGCCUACCGCACCGAGGAGCAGGGACGACGGCUGUCUCGUGACUGUAAGGUAGAGGUACAGAGGAUCCUCCACCAGAGGGCGCUAGAUGUGAAACUCGACCCUGAUCUCCAGAAGCGCUGUUUGACUGACCUGGGGAAGUGGUGUAGUGACAAGACUGGCACGGGACAGGAGUUGGAGUGUCUGCAGGACCACCUGGAAGACCUGCUGACAGGGUGUGGAGAGGUGGUGGGCAACCUGACAGAGCUGCAGUCUGAGGACAUUCAUAUUGAGGCCCUGCUGAUCCGGGCCUGUCAGCCUGUCAUCCAGUCUCACUGCCAUGAUGUAUCUGAUAACCAGGUGGAUACAGGGGAUGUGAUGGAGUGUCUGGUUCAGAACAAACACCAGAAGGAGAUGAACAGCAAGUGUACCGUGGGAGUGACACACUUCCAGCUGAUCCAGAUGAAGGACUUUCGUUUCUCCUACAAAUUCAAGAUGGCGUGUAAAGAGGACGUGCUCAAGCUCUGCCCCAACAUCAAGAAGAAGGUGGAUGUAGUGAUCUGUCUCAGUACUACAGUGAGGAAUGACACUCUGCAGGACGUCAAGGAGCAGCGUGUCUCUCUCAAGUGUCGGAAACAACUCAGAGUAGAGGAGCUGGAGAUGUCAGAGGACAUUCGUCUGGAACCAGAGUUGUAUGACGUGUGUAAGACGGACAUCGGGAGGCUCUGCUCCAACGUGGUGUUCGGUAACGCUCAGAUGAUGGAGUGUUUAAAGGACAGGAAGAAGCAGCUGUCUCAGCAGUGUCACCAGAGGGUGUUUAAACUACAGGAGGGAGAGAUGCUGGAUCCAGAACUGGACUACCAGCUCAUGAGGGUCUGCAAGCAGAUGAUUAAGCGGUUCUGUACAGAUGUGGAUGCUAAGAACAUGCUGCAGUGUCUGAAACAGAACAAGAACUCUGAACUGAUGGAUCCCAAGUGUAAACAGAUGAUCACCAAGAGACAGAUCACACAGAACACAGACUACAGGUUGAACCCAAUAUUGAGAAAGGCCUGUAAGGCAGACAUCCCUAAAUUCUGUCAGCCAAUCCUGAACAAGGCCAGUGAUGACAGCGAACUGGAGGGCCAGGUGAUUGGUUGCCUGAAGCUGAAAUACGCCGACCAGCGUCUGUCUCCAGACUGUGAGGACCAGAUCAGAGUGAUUCUUCAGGAGUCGGCGUUGGACUACAGACUGGACCCCCAGCUACAGAUCCACUGUGCUGAGGAGAUCCCCGGUCUGUGUGCGGAGGAGGCAGUGGCCCAGGAGCAGACAGGUCAGGUGGAGGAGUGUCUGAAGGCCAACCUGUUGAAGAUCAAACAUGACUUGUGUAAGAAGGAGGUGCUGAACAUGUUGAAGGAGAGCAAGGCAGACGUCUUCGUUGAUCCUGUCCUCCACACGGCCUGUGCCCUUGACCUCAAACACCAGUGUGCUGCCGUCACGCCGGGCAGAGGACGACAGAUGUCAUGUCUACUGGAGUCAUUGCAGGAUAAGAGAGUCCGUCUGCAGCCAGAGUGUAAGAAGAGACUCCAGGACCGCAUGGACAUGUGGAGCUACGCUGCCAAGGUCGCUCCAGCAGAGGGUUUUUCAGACCUUGCCAUGCAAGUGAUGACCUCCCCCUCUAAGAACUACAUCCUGUUUAUAAUCUCCCUGGGGGUGAUUGUCCUCUUCCUGGUCGGCCUGCUGUGUGGACGCAUCACCAAGAGAGUCACCAGGGAACUGAAGGACAGGUAGAGAGAGGGGGGGAUGAACGGACCUCCCUGGGACAGACGGACCACCCUGGGACAGACUGACUCCCAAAUGGUACUAUUGCCGAUAUAGUGCACUACUUGUGACCAGAGCCCUGUGGGGGUCCUUCACACCUGGAUCUGAUAUCACAGAACAAUGUCAAUGUUGUCAUCUCCUUGGUCCACUUCAUCAACUGGCUUUGUGUGAGAACUAACUCUAUAGGUCUCUGGUCAGAAGUAUUGCACUAUGUAGGGAACAUGGUUCCAUCUGGUAGGCCAAAGGUGGCUGGUGUCCCAGCCACCUCCACCCCUCUCCAGCCCCCCUACC